AUGUUCCUGCAUUCGGGAGCUAGCCUGCAUGGCCAUGAGUAUUCAAAUCGGCCGAACCCUCAGCCUGGUCAUCGACGAAAUUCUCUCCUGCGAUCUGCUUUUGCAGCACCUAUAAAACGAUCUUCCUCGUAUCACCCUAGCACUUCACCCUCACUUAAUGAACCUACUUCGCCUGAUUUACGGCGACCUCGUCCUCUUUCAGAAUAUAUACCUAGGACCCCCGACGCUACUGUGAAAUUCCAAGAGCCCCGAUGCGAUUCGACGGCGGCCAAGCUGGAAGCAAUGAGCGAGGAUGAAGGCUCAAUUGCAUCUGAUAGUGACGCGAGCCGCGUAUCGUCUUCGGCUCGUCGCAACCGGAGGAGAGUCAUGCGGAAAAGCACUACCUUCCUCCUCGCGCACCCGCCUCCAAGGCUGGGCAGCAAGCAGCGUUUAAUACAUAUACGACCCAAGCUAUUGCUUCAGAUGCAGCAGUUAGCAGCCAACAGGCGCCCAAGACCAGCUAUUGACGUAUUUCCAUCCUUUGCCGUAGCUGGACCUUUGAUUGUACCUUUGCUGAAGCGCUUUCCUCUCAUCGCCCGCAUCAAGCGAGAGUUAGGUAUCCGGGAUAUCAUGCUGGUCAAGAGUGAAGACUAUGAUGCGCAAGCUUCUGGGUUAGACAGUGACGGUGACGACGACAACCUGAAGUCCCGCGAGCUGUUAGCGAUAUUAAGUCCAGUCUUGACAGAAGACAAAGCCGAAAUCGUGCUAGCCGACGGGACAGUCUGGACCGCAACGCCACGGUUCAAUGGUGUCGGUUCCUGUUCCUAUGAUUUCGUCACUGUUGAUUCGAAUGGAAACACCACGACAGCCAGAUGGGUUCGCAAGCAGAUGGCAACUAAAUCCUUGCCAGUCACGCCGACCUCGCCAGGUUUCACGCCUACGAUACCUGUGCCCGACUGCAAAUUCACCUUUAGCAUAAUCGAUCCUAAUUGCCGACGCCAUCCUAUCAUGGCCACCCUAACAAAUUCUUCACUCGAUAUACUAGACUCUUAUACAACUGUCUCGCAGUCCGCUAGCCGUUAUCCUCCGACUUCUCCUAUGUUAUCUGCAUCUACUUCGCCCGCCAACGGAGAGAACAUUCCUAAGCGAACAACUCUGCAAGUCGAAGAUUGGCAGAAAACUUUUAUUACCAUAUCAGCUAUAUGGGUAAUACUUCGUCACGGGUGGUCCCCUAAUUGGAAGCCGGCAGAUUUUGGUAACCUAUCCCCGACUUCUCCCACCACGCCGGUAGGCGCAAGCGCAUCAGCUCGGAACCGGUCUGCGAGUGUAAAUUUGGAGAUGGCCUCAAAGCCUAGUGCUCCUAACGCUGGUAGCCGACGGAAACUCUCAGGUGCCCUGCCGAUGGGCGAUCAGCUUACACCGAACGUGUUACCUAGGAGGGCGACAUCCACUGGGACUGGCUUCAUACAGAGGUCGAACGCCACGAAGAUAGAAACACGCAACCGAGCCAGAAGUAGUCCUAGGCAAGAAUCAAAGAAUAAGCGAGGGUUCAAAGGCGAUUGGGAAGUAAGCCUCCCGGAUCGGAGCCAAGCGAGUCCGUUAGCAGCCGUAUUGGAUUCGCCAUCUACGCUCACCCCAAUUGACCUUGCUUCACAAAGCAAUUCCACAUCAUCAGCAUCAUCUUCUUUGUCUACGAGGCACCGGGUUAUUUCGGCAUCUUAUUCGGCCAACCCGGUAUCCCUCGAACCCAUUGAAAUCGAAUUUAGCGAAAGCCCUAGCCUUCGGUGCAAAUCCUCAGUUCGGAAUCUAGUGCAAGAAACCGACAGGGAAGACCAAGACCGGAAAGCAAAGCACCAGAAAUGGAAGAACAUGUCACACUGGUUUCGAAAGCUGCAUGGGCGGUAG